UCCCUCACUUUUGUUUUCUUUACAACCUGUUCCCCUUUUGAAAAAGUAGCACUAAAGUGAUUUAGACAUUUGGACCCAAAAGAUCAAAUUACCCCUUCUUUUUUAUAAAAAACAUUAUUUUCCUUUACUAAUUUCAUGGAUACAAGGUAAGGAACAAAAAGUAACUUACCCUAGAUAUCAAGUUCUCUUGUCUUCUCCAGUAUCCAUCUCUCCCAAUCUUUCAAAUUCCUUUUUGAAAAUCUUUAGAGAACAAAAAAACAAGCAAGAAAGAAAAUGGCACUAAGUAAUAAUGUCAUAGGGUGCAUCAACUUUGUAGCCAUGCUAUUGUCAAUUCCAGUGAUUGGUGCUGGAAUUUGGCUAGCAAUGGAAACUGACAACUCUUGUGUCAAGAUUCUACAAUGGCCAGUUAUUAUCUUAGGAGUUCUCAUUUUAGUUGUCGCUCUUGCUGGUUUUAUUGGAGGGUUUUGGAGGAUUCCAACACUGCUCAUUUUCUACCUCAUUGCUAUGCUCAUUCUCAUAGUUUUGCUUGCAUGUUUGGUAGUUUUUAUUUACAUGGUCACUAUUAGAGGUUCAGGCCAUAUGGAACCAAGUAGGGCUUAUUUGGAAUACCAUCUUGAUGACUAUUCUGGCUGGCUUAGAAGGAGAGUUCAAAGUUCUUACAAAUGGGAUAGAAUAAGAAGUUGCCUUAGCUCCACAACUAUGUGCGCUCAGUUGAAUCAAAGUUAUCGCAUGGCUCAAGAUUUCUUUAAUGCUCCUAUUAGCCCUUUGCAGUCAGGGUGCUGUAAGCCACCAACACAAUGUGGGUACACAUUUGUGAACCCAACAUAUUGGAUUAGCCCUAUAAACAAUGUUGCAGAUAUGGAUUGCUUGCAAUGGAACAAUGAUCAAACACAACUUUGCUACUCUUGUGAUUCUUGCAAAGCUGGAUUGUUGGCUAAUUUGAAGAAAGAAUGGAGGAGGGCAGAUAUAGUUCUGCUGAUAACUCUUGUUGGAUUGAUUUGGGUUUAUUUGAUUGGGUGCUGUGCUUUUAGAAAUGCCAAAACUGAAGAAAUAUUCCGCAAGUACAAGCAAGGUUAUGCCGAUACUUAGGCUGAAUUAAUGAGAAGAGAUCGUGGAUUGAUUUGGGUUUAUUUGAUUGGGUGCUGUGCUUUUAGAAAUGCCAAAACUGAAGAAAUAUUCCGCAAGUACAAGCAAGGUUAUGCCGAUACUUAGGCUGAAUUAAUGAGAAGAGAUCGAUUUAGGAUUUAGAGUCAGUGAAUUCAUAAUUAGCCCGAUCAUAUUAAAUGUAUACUAUUAAAGGAUUUUUUGUUAUUUAAGUUUGAUGUAUUAGAAGAAUAGCUAGUGAAAUAUGUAAAACUUCUGCGGGGUGAUUUUAGUUCACCUAAAGGCAUUGGGAUUGAUGUCUUGACUAUUUGGUCUGUGAAAA